AUGCAAGCUGCGGAGACCGUCAAGUCGAGGAGACGGUCGUCUGCUGCUGCUGCGACUGCCACUGUUGGCACUGGGAGCGGGAACUUUGCACUGCCGCCUCCGCCGACGAGGUCAAGAAAGAUCAUCCAAAUGAAGCCUCCCGUGGAAGAGGUCCCCGAUGACAACGGCGCAAGUACUACAAAUACGACAGCGAAAGGUAAGGCUUCAAAAGCCAGCAUACAGCAGACCACCAAGGGCGCUGCAAGCACCGCCAAAGCCUCAGGUCCAGGCGAGGUGCCACAGUCACAGGGCGGCAAGAAGAAGCAGCCCAGUGCAACGAGUGCGGCAGGGCGGAAGAUUGCAAGGAAGACGGCGCAUAGCUUGAUCGAGCGCAGGAGACGAAGCAAGAUGAAUGAGGAGUUUGCCCUGUUGAAGAGCAUGAUUCCGGCAUGCACAGGUGAGAUGCACAAGCUCGCAAUUCUGCAGGCCUCGAUCGAGUAUGUUCGAUAUCUGGAGGAUUGUGUCUCCAAGCUCCAGGUUCAGCACGAGAACGACCAGACCCGCGCUCAGCUACCCUCUAUCCGGGAGUUCCACCCUACUUUCCGCGAGGAUGACACGGCCGAUGUGGAAAUGACGGACUCGGAUGCUGUCUCGCCGACAUUCACAGCUCAGCCGGAUCACAGCCACCCUGCGCACCUUCGUCACCCGUCAGCAUCGCCAGCCCUUCAUCCCCAGGAUGCUCGGGGGAGACAACAUUCCUACUCUUCCGUGUCGACGGCGGAGCAUCAACGCCAUUACAGCUACAGCACUGCGUCUGGUGCGACGUCGCCAGCCUUCGGUCCGACACAGGGAAUUGGGUAUGCACCGAGCAACGCAGGCUCCGCGCUGACGAGUCCUGCGUUGAACCCGCAGUCAGAUCUCGACCAGGAAGCGACGGCAGCACUGCUCAUGCUGAACAACGAUCGGAGGGGUUACACCACAGAUGGCCGUCGGACGGUCUCUGUUAGAGAUCUGCUCACACCAUAA